AAGAACCAGACCACCCAUCUUCUCUUUCUAUGCGCCCGCCCAUUUAUACCUCCUCGAGAAUCCCAAUCCGACACCGCCAUGGUCGACGUUGACCGCCGGGUGACCGGCCUUGCCACGGCCCACGCCGCUGGACUUCGCCGUCUCUCCGCCCGUGCUGCCGCAUCUGCGCCCGCCUCGCCUUCCUUCUCCGUCUCCCACCGCGGUGGUCUCCUCUCCUUCCGCCCCCUCGCCGAAUCCAUCCUCGCGCGCCUCCGCGCCGCCUCCAUCCCCGUCCUAUCCGGACUCUCCGACGCCGAGCUCGCCAGCCUCGAGGCUGACCUAGGAUUCUCCUUUCCGCCGGACCUCCGAGCCCUUCUCUCCCUCGGCCUCCCAUCGGCUCCAGGCUUCCCUGACUGGCGCUGUCCGGACGCCUCCCAUCAUCGUCGCUGCAUCCUACUCCGCGCCGGCUUCGACCUCCCCCUAGCCGCCGCCUCCCUCCAAGUCGCCCGCGGCGCGCUCUGGCCGCGGUCGUGGGGUCCCCGCCCGGCGGACCCCGACAGGGCUCUCCGCCUAGCUCGCGCCGCCCUCCGACGCGCGCCGCUUCUCAUCCACCUCUUCGACCGCUGCUACCUCCCCGCCACCCCUUGCCUCGCCGGCAACCCCGUCUUCUACGUCGACGAGCACAAAGUCUUCUGCUGCGGCCUUGACCUCGCCGACUUCUUUCAAAAGGAGCCCGCUUUUCGUAUCGCCUCUGAUUCGCGCGAUCCGCUGUCUUAUCCCAUCCGAUCCCUAAAUCUCCCUCUUCCGCCGCCUCGUGCCCGGCGGAGCCUGGACGCCGUGUCCGGGAGGACACCGCGGUGGAUCGAGUUUUGGAGCGACGCCGCCUCCAAUCGCCGCCGGCGGAACUCCUCCUCUUCCUCCUCCUCCUCCUGCGGAUCGGCUUCACCAGAUCGGCUCGUGGAGAUCCGAUCUCCGAAGCAGCUACCCACCUGGGUCGACGGCUACCUGGACCAAGUCGGAUCUGUGCUCCGGUCGGCCGGGUGGGACGACUCGGAAGUGAGCGAGAUCGUCCUCGUUCCGGCGUCGGGAAUGUUCGACAACGAGCACGAGGCGGAGACGGCGAUCGACUUUGAGGCGGCAAUGGACGCGCUGCUUGUGAAGGCGGAUCACUGCUCCGACUCGCUGAGGCGAGCAGGGUGGAGCUCCGACGAAGUCUCCGAGGCUCUGGGAUUCGACUUCCUGCAGCAGCGGCCGAGGGGGAAGAGGCAACCGACGAAGAUACCGCCGGAGAUCACCCUGAAGGCGGAGAAGCUAGCGAAGGCGGUGUCCAGAUCGUGAUGACGGUGUCCAGAUCCACAACCCUUUUUUUCCCUACUUCCUUUUAACAAACUCCGGUAUUUAUACGGUAACGGGAAGCCGUAUAAAGAUGACGAGAGGAGAUGUACAUGUAUAAAUCAUACUGCCCGUUUUAAUAUAUAAGGUUUAUAUUUCAUC